AUGAAAGCUCUUAUAAAUAAGGCAUCGCAGUCGGCCUCGGCCAGGAAAAUUGGUGAAAUUAGUGACAUUUUAGUGCUUACAGUGAACGAAAAUAAAGUAAGUGGCUAUCGUUUUACUGAUAUUUCGAUCCUGUGCUCCAUUAUACCAAAUGUUGCCAUGCAACUGACAUUGAUGGAUGACAGUUUAAAACGAAUGGGUUGUGCUUAAUGUCUCUUUCUCACAUAUAAGUCGUGUGAAUGGACUGAAACAUUUUAUACUUCAGAGAGGGAUGGCUAUUUUGUACAUAAAUCGAAGAAUGGUAUAUGCAAUGAGGUUAAUUGAUCGUGGACAAUCUUCAAUGGCUCGGUUUUGUUCUACCAAGAACAUGCCGCCACCGGUUGGCUCAAAGUCAUUUACAGUAAGUAGCGCAGUAGCGCACAAAAGCGAUACUGCGUGCUGCAAUAAAGGAUGCAGAACAGAAAUCUACAACUCCAAGACUGAGGACGGUGAAGACAUUUUGGAAACUGCUGUUUCAUGCGAUGGAACAUGGCGAAGAAGGGGAUUUACCUCAUUGCACGGAUGCGUAACCGUCAUUUCCAUGGAAAAUGGACAAAUGUUGGAUGUAGAACCUUUGAGCAAGGUCUCCAAAGCAUGCAAGAAGCAAGUAUUGAAGUCUUCAAAGCCCUUGGUCAUAAAUUUAGGAGCUUGUUGUGUUGCUGGAGUAAGGGAAGCCGAUCGACUUUGUGUUACGAAAUCUAACCACAAGGCGGAGGAGAAGAGUAAAGUGCAGAGAAAGGUCAUCACGGGCAGAAAUAAGAGGAAAGGUGACAAGAAUGAAGUAGAAGAGGGAAAAACAUAUGCAGCAGGUUCAUUUUAA